UUGAUAAUCUUUCAGAAAAAAUGAGAAAUUUACAAAUUCGGGUUCGGAGUAAGCGUGGAACAGGAUUGUUAAAUAAAUCUGAAGCUUGGUGUAAAGAUCCUGACUCAAGGGAGGUUUACUGCCUGAAUGAAGGGAAGAUAUGGAAGAUCAAGGAUGAGGAACCAGAGCUAACAGCUGACUUACGUUCUGAAGGAUAUCUAAAGGAAGGAUCUAAGUGUGUUGGGUUCUGUUCUAUACCAGAACAACAAUGUCUCCUAAUGGGACUAAACACAGGGGAGCUUCUCCAGAUCGGAGUUCUGAGUCUGGGAGAGGUAGAGGAGGUUGGAGCUGUAGAGUCUGGUUUAGAACACCUGAGUUUAUCCCAGGACCUAGAGAUAAUAACCCUGGUUACUGGAGAUCUUAAGCUUAUUCUCAUGACUAGGGAUUAUACUCCAUUAUCUGAAUCCAGUAUUCACCAGGAAGGUUUUGGCGAAGGUGAGUUUGUGAACGCGGGUUGGGGAAAGAAGGAAACUCAGUUCCACGGCAGUGAAGGAAAGGAAGCCAGGGUUGUCAAGAUUGAGACUGCUGAACUCACGGCUGCAGAUGAUCAGAAGGUUAGGUUAAACUGGAGAGGAGACGGAGAGAUGUUGGUUGUCAGCUACGUUACUCCAGGAGAGAACCCGGUUCGGAGACUCCGGGUCUUUGAUAGACGUGGCAUACUGUUCAGCACCAGUGAGCUGUGUCCAGGACUGGAGCAGGCCCUCUCCUGGAAACCGUCCGGAAACCUGAUCGCAACUACGGUUCGGAAACAUAAUAAGCAUUUUGUUGCGUUCUUUGAGAAGAAUGGGCUUCAGCACGGAGAGUUUAUUCUCCGGACUGAAAUGGAUGUAAAGGAGUUGGAGUGGAACUGUGAUAGCUCCGUCCUACUGGUCUGGGGACACAAGGAUACAGAUAACUAUCUCCAGUUUUGGACUAUCGGAAACUAUCAUUGGUAUCUCAAGCAAUCCCUAACCUUGGACCAAGUUCGGAAUCCUAGAUGGGACAUGGAGGAUCCGAACCUGUUCCAGUUCCUAACUACUGACGGAGAAAAAGAAUAUAUCAGCAGUCUUACUUUCUCUUGGGCCACAGAUACCAGUCUAGGACGAACCGAAAAAGAUCUGUCUCUUGUAGCAUCAAUCGAUGGAAACUGUUUAAAAGUAACUCCUAUGCGAGAAGCUAUUAUUCCACCUCCUAUGAGCGCAUAUGAACUACAUUUUGAUUCACAAAUUCUUCAUGUUAUGUUUCCCUUUACAGAUGAAUCCGCUUUGGGAGAGAACAAUACUGAAACCCUGGAUGAAAAGGAUAAAAAUGAGACCCUGGGAAGAUUAUGCCAUGACAGCAACAAUAUUGCUGUGCACACCUCUACCAAACUAUUUAUAUUCUCUGUAUGUGACGGUAGCGAAGGAGAAGAUAAAUCUGGGAUUGUCCGAAUAUCCGGGGCUGGAGGAACCGGAUAUAAAGUUAAGACAAGUAGGCAUAGAUUGAUUCACACCAUAGAAACGGGGUUAAAGGAGGAGUUGAGUAAUUUCAUCUGGUUUAGAAACUAUUUAGUGUCAAGCACUGAUCAUCCAACUCCUGCACUUGUCUUUUUUAAGGUUGAGGAAGGACGCCUAGUUGAGAGUUCAAGAAUUGGUGUUGAAUCUUCGAUAUAUCUGGUUGCAGGAGGAUACACUAAUCUUGUAGUUCUCCUUCAGGAUUCAACUCUUCUCACAUUACAAGACGGAUGUUUGACUCCUAGUUUUCAAUUUCCUCGACUUUGUUCUCAUCUUAUCCAAACCAAACACGGAGUUCUUGGACUUCAUCAGAGUUUUAAGCUGUACUUGAAUGAGAAAGAAAUUGCUAGUAACAUCACAUCCAUGUUUUUACAUUCUCACUUCCUUCUGGCAACUACCAUGGAUCACAGAUUGAUAGCUGUUCCUACGGAGGAUCUAGGAACCUCGAAUCUGAAGUGGGAGGAUGCAGGUUCAAGGAGAGUUGAACGUGGUUCAAGGCUGGUCACUGCAGUUCCCUUCCAUUCAAGAACGGUUCUCCAGAUGCCACGAGGAAACCUUGAAAGUAUCCAACCCCGAUCCUUGACCGUUCUCCUGGUUCAGAACCUGCUUAACUCUUCAAGGUUCCAGGACGCGUUCUUACUCGCCAGGAGACAGAGGAUCAACCUUAACCUCCUUGUAGAUCAUAAUAUUCAACAUUUCAUGAAGAACAUUGAUAAAUUCGUUGAACAGGUGUGUGUUGCUGAACAUAUGAACAUAUUCCUGGCAGAAUUAAUAGAAGAGGAUGUAUGUACAACUAUGUAUUCAGCUCAGUAUCCGGAUAGAAAACCAGAGAAUAUCAAGGUUGAAAGUGGAAAGGUAGUUAAAGUGUGUACUGCAGUCAGAGAGGAAUUGGAGAGACAGGAUGGAACGGAGUUAAAGGAGAAAAACAUCCUUCCUAUUCUUGGAACCCUGGUCAGUUCAGGGAACAACCUGGAGGAGGCACUGGACAGAAUAAAGAAACUGAGAGAUGGUGGUAAGGACGGAUUAUGCGAUGAAGCUCUCCGGUAUAUCCUGUACAGUGUAGAUGUAAACCUUCUCUUUAAUGUAGCUUUGGGUACAUAUGAUUUCCAGCUCGUGCUCAUGGUUGCAGAGAAGUCUCAACAGGAUCCUAAAGAAUAUUUGCCGAUAUUGAACAGAUAUAAAGCAAUGCCUGAGAACUACAUGAAGUACAGCAUAGACAAGCAGCUGAAGAGGUUCGAGUCCGCCCUCGUCAACAUCUCCAGGUGUGAGGAUAGGUUUGAAGAGUGUUUAGCUCUGGUACAGGAGAACAGGAUGUAUAAGCAGGCGCUGAAACUAUUCUUACCUGGCUCAGAACAUUUUAAGAGUAUUUGUGGUGCUUACGCGACUUACUUGGAGUCUAAACGGUACUACCUGGAGUCCAGCUACAUGUACGAGAAGGCCGGCCAGCUGGACCAGGCAGUUAACCUGGCGGACCAGGCCGGGAGCUGGGAGCGGGCCGGUACACUGGCCCGUCGCUCCGGUUGGAGACAGGACCGUCUGGUGGAGUUGUGGAAGAAGAUGGCGGUCAGGUUGGAGGAACAGAAUAGAGGACUAGAGAGUGCUGCUAUCUGGAGGGAUUGGCUCCAUGAUCCUGAGGAGGCUAUUGCCGUUCUCUCGAGAUCCAGGUCCUGGGAUGAGAGUAUCCGAUUGUGUAGGGAUCAGGAUAGGUCGGAUCUCCUUGAAACUCAUGUUCUCCCGGCACUAAAGGAGAGAAGACUUGUUCUAGAGUCUACUAUAGAAUCUACGCAAGAAAAAAUUACAUCGCAGGUUGAGCGUUUGCUCCAGGUUCGACUAGACCGGAGUAAGGUUGCGGAUGAGGAUGAUGAGGAUGAGGAGAGAAACCUCGAGGAUGCAGAUAUGUUCUCCGAAACUACAUCUGUCGGAGGAAGUGUUGCAACUACAACCAAAUCCAAAUCAACUCUGGCAACCCGUCAGUCUAGUAGGAGUAAGUCCAGUAAGAACAGGAGGAAGCAGGAUAGGAAGAUGUAUAGUACAAGAGAGGGGAGUCAAUACGAGGACCUGGGACUUAUUGCAGAACUUCAUGAAGCUAUAUCAGCAGUUCCUGGACUUGUUCAAGAGGUUUCUAAUAUUCUGCGUGGACUACUGGAGCUAGAGCAGGAGGACGGAUUAAAAGAGCUUCAGGAGGGAACUGAGUGCUUGUUAAAACUAUGCGAGGACGUGAAACCUAAGAUUUGGCCUGGACAGGAACCUGUCAAAGAGAGGUUUGGUCCUGAGUCUACAGUUGAAGAUAUUGUUCGGGGUACAGCUCCUAGUACAGAGUAUAGAUCUCCACUAGAGCUCAUGGAACCUUAUCUCAGGUUUGCUCCGAGGUUCUCCAUUAAUCCAUACUGGAAACUUGAAAUACUGUGAUAAUAUAUUUUUUAUUGAUUAAACCCUUGAGUUGAGUUUAUUUACAUGUUUAUGUUUAUUGUUUUUAAUUCAUGUUUUUAUUUACUCUCUUGUAUAAAUAAACUAAUGGUAAUAUUGAAAACACAA